AUGCCAGGCCCGUUGGCGGGUCUUCGCCGCAACAGCGCGGUGGCUUCGAUUUCGUCGACGAACUCAUCAUCGGACUCGUUGUGGCGUCGCAGCUCCGUCCGUCGCCACUCCACCGCCAAGUCGUCGAUGGUCGAGUUGGAGGCUGUGAGUCACGAUGGGCACGAUCAUCUGACCGUUCUCGAGCCGAAAGCGGCAUUUAGUGAACUAGACCCCGAUGGAAUACCGUACAUUUAUACUGGAAUGAGGGUGAAGAUACGUGGUAGAUACGAGUAUAUCGACAGUGCUCAAUUUUGUGUUGGCCAUGGCGCUUUCGGCGAUGUUUUUAAGGUAAGGGGUGUUUUUGGCGAGGGUGGAUAUUGUCAAAUCUUGUAAUAGAAAACUUAGCGCUAUAGUAAAUUGAGUAUGGUACUGUAAUAUUAAAUAGAGUCCUCUACAGUAUAGGUAAGGUAUGGACAGGGUGUAGGUAGGGCAUGGAUAGGGUAUGAGUAGGGUAUUAGUAUGAUAUAAGCAGAGUGUGAGUGAGGUAUGGGUAGAGUAUGAGUAAAUUAAGGAUGAGUAUGGGAAAAGAACAAGUGCGGUAUUGCCUAGAGUACGGUAGGGCCUAGGGUACGGUACGGUUUAGGGCACGUCAGGGCCUAGUGUACGUCAGGGCCUAGAGUACGGUAAAAAUAUUUUUGACCGAAAAAAAUUUCAAAAUUUCAGGGCUACGCACACGACCGCCUAAACAAGCGCAAGCUCCCUGUGGCAAUAAAACGAAUGGCCCAGGUCAACGUGAAACCAUACGAAUUGGAAGCCAUGAAGCGAGUACAAAACCCAUAUUUAGUUCGUAUGAUCGACAUUUGUCAUGAACAUGACGACCUGAACACUUAUUUGGUCAUGGAGCUGUGUAACUCGGAUCUGGAAGCUUAUUUGCAUAAUUCGGCGCCUAAUGGGUGUUUGAGCCAGAAUGAGUUUCAGUAGGUUUUUCGAGGAUUUUGGGUAAUAACGUUGGUUAGGAAUGGCAUAUUCUCAAAUUUUUUUGUCGUUUGUUACUUAAAAAAUUACUUUUAAUUUUUAGGUAACAAUAUGAGUAAAAAAUGUCAAAUUUUUAAAUUUUAGGUAACAAAUUACAUAAAAAUGUCAUUUUUUAAACAUUUUUGCUCUUUGUUACCUAAAAAUUUACUUUUUUUUAAGUUUAGGUAAUAACAUAAGUAAAAAAUGUAAUUUUUCAAAAUUUUAGGUAACAACAUCUGUAGAAAAUGCCAUAUUUUUAAAUAUUUGCAAUUUGUUGCCUAAAAAACUUCUUAUUUUUGAAUUUUUUGCGAUUUGUUACCUAAAAAUGCCUUUUUAACAAUAAAAUAUCAUUUUUGACCUUAAAAUCAUAGUAUCUUUCCUUAUUUUCAUCGUAUAACCCUAGCUUUUCGUUAUAAAAACCUAGACUUUCAUUACAAAAAUCCUCGUUUCCAGGCUAGUAAUGAAAGACCUGGCCCGCGGCUACUACGCCCUCUACGCUGAAGGUAUUGUUCAUCGCGACAUCAAGCCACCCAACAUCCUACUGAUCCUAAACCAAGAAGGCACUGGUAUAUCCGUGGCCAAACUCACUGACUUUGGUGUUUGUCGUAUGUUGGACGAAGGUGAGGAGAGCCUUUGCAAUGUGGCUGGUACCUUCUUCUACAUGGCGCCGGAAAUCGGUGCUAACGUUGUGACUUAUUGUGAAUAUGGUCAUGCUGUGGACAUGUGGAGCAUCGGAUGUGUUAUGUAUCAGUGCUUGACUGGGGAGGUAGGUUUUUGUAUUUUUGUAGUUCUAAGGAUAAUUAAAAAAGAUCAUAAAUUAGAUAAAGCUCAUUUUCUAGUCUAGACAGAGCGAGUAUUACCUAAAAUAAGUUAGAGCAAAGCCAUACAGGCCUAAAAUACUGUCAAAACUACCCCUAAACAGACCUUUUUCAUCAAAACCCAGCUUUGAAGUAGGUAUAAAGCAGCUUUACUACAUCAUAAAUGUUAAAAAUGCUAAUAUCACUGGAAUGUCUUGUAUUUUUCGUAAGUUGAGAUCAAUUCUUGACUAUUUUUGGCUGAAUUUCAUCAUUUACCCUACGGCAAACAUGAGAUAGGUCUUGUAACUUGGCCAAUGCGUCACUUAAUUGAGGAACACUGAAAAUUGUUUGAUCAAAUUUUGAGUUUUUAACUAUAACUCAUUAGUUUAGUAUCAAUCUUUCCAUUCUUCAAAUUAUACUUUAUAUUAUCCACCAGAAAAUGUAUAUAACCUAUGUCAAAGUUUAUAUUACCCAUGUUUCAGCUCCCCUUCUCAGAAGCCCAAAUGUGUCGCCUGUUCCUAUACUCAGCCUGCCAAAACUACGAUGCCUACGACCCUCCAGAAUUCCCCGACUCCACAUCAGAACCCAACAAAGACCUAAUUUACUCAUUAUUAACAAUCGACCGGUCGACUCGACUAACACCGAAAGAAUUUUACUGUAAGAUGACUGGUCGAUACCCGGCUGAUGAUGGUCUUCCUGAGCGAAAAGGCUCCCCAGAAGGCACGAAAACCGCUUCAGAAGCCAUCAACAACAACGGUAACAACUGCUCGGACAGUGCUCCGACUAUUGUUGUAGCCAGUUCUGAAGUCGGGGAAGUGGCUGCUCAUUAG